AUGCAGCAAAAGACCACUUCUGCCUUUCGGCUGGGUAGGUUUCAUUCUCACAGCAGGAGGUGCACAUGUACACACACCCCUAAACCCACGCAGACGAAACCCCACUGUGGAGAGGAUGGUGACAGGAAACUCACUUCUGCACAGGAACUUGCUAAUCGCUUUUGCCGCUUUUGGAGUGUUCCUGCUGCCGCCUGAGUCACCUCAAACACCGCGGCCCGCUAGCUCUGGCUGGACUGUGCCAGUCCAGUGUUGCUGUCCUUCCCGUGUCAUUUGCAGGAAGCCGUGAGAGGAGAGAGAGGUGGAUGCCAGGAGGAACUCAGCGCUGAUGGGGCUUCAGAUACAUUAGUUUUCACAGCGCUGUGGGGAGCAACUCAGACUUCCGGAGUCAGGCAUCUUGGUGUUGAGACAUUCUUUUGAUAUUCUACGACAGGAUUUUAUUUCCCAAGAUUCAAGCUUCUGGGGCCUGAGCUUCAUGCAGCCACAUCAUGAUGCCUUCCUGUGGAUUGCACAUUGCCUCCUGCCGAGAAAUCAAUCACUUCUAUAAAGAAAAAUGUGAAGUUUCCCAAAGUGGUUGCAAUCUGCUGGAACCUGAGGCCACACACACCCAGCUGCACAGCUGCCUUCACCCCGCUGCCUUCCUGCUUCUUGGCCAGUUCAGAGCUGUUCACAAGUGUCAUUCACACACCAGUUGACAACCAAGCUUCAGAAGUUUUCCCAAGCAGUCGCUGCUUCUCACAUGGGCGGACAGAAGUAACAUCGAUAAUUGAUGUCUGAGGUUCUGAAGAUAUAAACCCCGAUUGCUGACUUCUUACUAGAUGAAGCCUGCUGCAGCAGCACAUUGAGGGUUCUUUCCCUUAGGAUCCUAGACUUAUACGUAGGACAUUGGGCAGGGAAGAUGCUGAGUUCUAUCAAGUGUGUGUUGGUAGGAGACAGUGCUGUGGGGAAAACCUCACUACUGGUGCGUUUCACCUCCGAGACCUUCCCGGAGUCUUACAAGCCCACUGUGUAUGAGAAUACUGGUGUGGACGUCUUCAUGGAUGGCAUCCAGAUCAGCCUGGGCCUCUGGGACACUGCCGGCAAUGAUGCCUUCAGAAGCAUCCGCCCCCUGUCCUAUCAGCAGGCAGAUGUGGUAUUGAUGUGCUACUCUGUAGCCAAUCACAGCUCAUUCCUGAACUUGAAGACUAAAUGGAUUAAUGAGAUCAGGAGCAACCUACCCUGUACCCCGGUGCUGGUCGUGGCCACACAGACCGACCAGAGAGAGAUGGGACCCCACAGGGCCUCUUGCAUCAAUGCCAUAGACGGGAAGAGACUUGCCCAGGAUGUUCGAGCCAAGGGCUACCUGGAGUGCUCAGCCCUUAGCAACCGUGGAGUACAGCAGGUAUUUGAAUGUGCAGUCCGAACGGCUGUCAACCAGGCUAGGAGACGAAACAGAAGGAAGCUCUUCUCUAUCAACGAAUGCAAGAUCUUCUAAACCCCAAGGUCCUGCAUCCAUCAUUCAUGAACGUACCUCACAGACUAAUGGGGGAGGGGAAGAUGGCAAGCCAAGGGGACUAAUGCUCUUUCUUGGUCCAUUUGAACAGCCUUUCUUCUGGAUGGAGUUAUCUGGGAGGUUGGCUAUUGAUACUUUCAUUAACUGCACUCUAUAGAUGAACUCUUUGCCCAGCCCAACCAGAGAGAUUCUUGGAUGAAAAACUAAAACAACUGUCCUAAUUUAGACAAUGAAGUGAAUUUCCCAAGUAUGCCAUAUUUAAACUCACAUUUUAUUUAAAUAAUAAUCAACUACACAGCUUCUGUUUCCAUGCUUGGGAAGUCUUUUCUUUGAAAAGGCAAACUGCUGUAUAAGGGGAAUAACUUUGUGGGGCUCAACCACAUGUCUGCAGUGUUAUUAUUUACUCCUGAAUUUAAUUUGGUUGAAACUA